GUCAUUCAAAUUGGGGAAGAGAACGUGCGUGAUUUGUGGAGAAAACAGCAGUGAGUGAGAGCUGCGGGGAACCAAAAAGGGUUUUAUUUUCUUUUUAUUUCUUCUUCUGAACCGAGAGAAACCCAACCCUCUUUUUUUAUUUGCUUUUCUGAAGACUUAGGGUUUGGGGAAGAGGGAGUCGUGGUAAGAGAGAGGAAGGGAGAGUAUUCAAUACCCAACCCUUAACGUGCAUGAUUCGUGGAGAAAACAACAGUGAGUGAGAGUCGAGAAUGGAAAGGGUUGAUCGAGUUUUUUAAAAAUGCCGUAUCGCAAGAGGGUUAUUCUGAGAGUAAAUUGGGGAAAUAUUUAGGGAUUUCAGGGGUUUUGAGGGCAAGCACGGUGAGCGAGUAUAUAGAGGCUGGGAAAGGUGAGUAAGGCAGGGAGAAAACAAAGAUAAUCGUGAGCCAAUGAGAAAGUGAAGGUUGAGCAUGGGAGGUUUAGAGAAUUCGCGAGGAGAGUUUUAUCGUGCGGGAAAUCGAACCAGAUUGGGGUUUCAGCACAAGAUGUCUCUCCGAAUAAAGGCAGUGGUAGAUAAAUUUGUCCAGGAGUUGCAGGAAGCGUUGGAUGCUGAUAUUCAGGAUAGGAUCAUGAAGGAUAGAGAGAUGCAAAGUUACAUUGAAGAACGUGAACGUGAGGUUGCGGAACGUGAGGCUGCUUGGAAGGCUGAUCUUUCUCGUCGAGAGGCUGAGAUUGCCCGACAAGAAGCAAGGCUGAAGAUGGAGAGAGACAAUCUGGAGAAAGAGAAAAGUGUGUUGAUGGGAACUGCGUCAAAUCAAGAUAACCAAGAUGGAGCUCUUGAAAUUACUGUAAGUGGUGAAAAGUACCGUUGCCUCAGAUUUGCCAAGGCAAAAAAAUAAGGCUUUGCUGCGGUGACAAAAAGGAAAUGUAUGAUCUUCACUUUUUCACCUCCCCCGGAAGAGGACUAGUGCUGCCGAGGAGCCCACACGCAAAGCCAAGCUCAAUUUAUGCACCUCUAGGAACAAUUAUUGAAAUCAAAACUGUUCAGUGGUGGUUUAUACAAUUCCUGUUGGGAUAGUGUUUUAUGACUUGCUCAAUUAUUUUAUUGAUUUUUUUC